AUGCGACGGCGACGAGCACUCGCGCUCGUGCUCGGCCUGCUGGGCCCGCUGGGCCUGAUGAGCGCGCCGCGCCCCGCCCACGCGGAGGCCUUCAUGCCGAGCCUGACGUUCAACUGGACGCUCGACGACCUGGACGCGCAGCUCGACUGGCUGCCGGACGACUACCCAAACACGACGCGGUUGGCGUACUUGUGGAGCACCUCCUUCUUCAACACGAGCAGCUACACCCCUGGCAUGGUGGGUGUGGGCGACUCGUGGCACAGCGCGAGCGCGGUGCCCGUGUCCGUCACGCUCGCGGACAAUGCCAUUGGCCCGAACGCGCCGUACGGCCCCGCCGUGCCGACGCUGCACUUCCGCUUCCUCGGCACCGCGCUCUACAUCUACGGCGAGGUGCACGCGCCCGACGGCAACUGGACCACGCCGCCGCUCACGCUCGGCGUGGACCAGCAGGAGACGGACAUCGGCCACCCCGCCGAAGGCGGCAUCGUCGCGAGCCGCAACGACCUACCGUGGGGAUACCAUGUCGUGUCGCUCUUCCUCAACUUUGGAAAUCUGACCGUCGACAAGGUCGUCAUUACGACCGGCAUGAAGACCAAGGCGCCGUCGUUCGACAAGGUGAACGUCCAGACGCAGUACGCGCUCCUCAGCGACAACACGACCACCAACCCGUUUUUCCAGCUCGACGGCAAGUGGAACGUAUCGCAGACCCUCGGCGGGGUCGCCGGCCAAGCCCCGCUCGCCUACCCGCACAUCUCGUCCUCAAGCAACGACUCGUACCUCUCCUUCGACAUACCCCAGAACACGUCCUACCUAGUGGUGAACGGCACCGCGGGCCCAGACAACGGCAUCAUGUUCUACAUCUGGAACGUGUCCCCGCCGCUCGUGGAGCAGGUGUCGGGCUUUAGCAGCUACGACGCGUACGCGCGCCCCAACGUCAUGUACGCCAUGACGCUCGACCCGGGGGUCAAGUACAACCUCACGCUGGGGCCGCUGGCCUCGACGAAUACGACGGGGAACGUGUUCGCGCUGCAUAGUGUCGAGUUUUACUCGGCGCUGUCCAACUACAAGCCCAACACGUCGCAAAGCACCAUCACUGGCAUAUGCCUCGGCUCGUUGGCCCUAGCGGCAGCGGUCGCGGGCGGGUCGUACUGGUGGGGCAAGCGGCGCGGGCGCAAGCUGUUACGGAUCGCACCGGCAGAAGUCAAGGCCGCAAAAGUCGACCUCGUCGAGCUGGGCGAGCUGAGCUCCCCCGAGCCGAGUGCGGGCGGCAGCACGGCGCCCGGCGAGCCAAGCCCCGAGCUGUUAUCUGCGUCUGCCGCUGCUGCCCCCGACGGAGCAGCGAGCAGCAGCGCGUCCGCGUCCCAGGGGCCGUUCUACGCGGCCGCAAAGGCGCAGACACUGCAGUUCCUCGGCGUGGGUCCGGCGGCGGGCGGCAGGGCGGCGCAAGUGGCGAGCAGUAGGCCGGUGUCGCGCGAGCGUGGCCCCGCUGGCGAGGAGGCAACUGGCACAACGGCGCCGCCAGCGCUGGUCGUUGCCAACCCCGCUGCAGAAGACGGAGACGACGCCACCACGCCGCCUGCCCCGCUGCUCGCCGCGACCACAUCCAAGCGCCGCCCUGGCCCCGGCCGCGCCCCAUCCCGCCCCCGCCUCACAGUCGAGCAGGAGCAGGACGCGGGCGCCGUCGUCGUCGUCCUCGACGGCGGCGAGCACGAGCUCGUGCCCCCCGUUUAUGAUCCCGCGUGGGCGCGCGAGCGGAGCGAGGAGGGCGGCGGGGCGCCAGAGCCGGCAUCGCUCACCCCGCUCUCGCGCAAGCGGCGCUUCGUGUCCUCCUCCGCGAGGCGGCGGAGCGUCUCCGCCUCGGAGAACGUCGCCGCGUCGACCUUGGUCGCGGGCGGCGCGACGGCACUGUGGGCAGCGACCGCGUCCUCGAUGUCCGCAGGUGCUUCCUCGGCGACGAGGCCGAACCGCUGGCGCUUGCGCGCCUUCUCGCCCGGCGCAGGCAGCGAGCCGUGCGCCAUCGCCACAUGCUCGCGCCGGUCGGACGGCUCCGAGCCGUCGGGCAGGAGAUACCCCUGCGCUAUGCGCUCGGCCGUCUCGCGCUCCUCGAUGCGCGCGAUCAGCGGCUGGAGCCGCGCGAGCCGUGCGGCGUCGGCUUGGAGCUCCGCGAGCGAGGGCGGAGUGGACCGCGUCCAGCUCAUCCACGACUGCCACUGCACGGGCAGCUGCUUCGUGCCUGUCCUAUAG